AUGGAAGGAACUGUUUACUCCGCAAUCAUACUUGUAAUUAGCUUAUCUGUCUUCGCUGUGAUCGCUUUGCUUCUGACUUGCAGCGUACACUUUGUGAAAAAGUAUGCUCGUUACAGAGCCAACGAAGACCAUGUCCCUGUGCUUCCGCCUCAGGAGCUGGUUGUCGAAGCUCUCAAGCACAAGUGUACCGAGCAGAGUGACUUCUACGUUAUGUCCUUCUGA